CAUAAUUAAAGUACACUUCCAGACAAAACAAAAACUAAAGGGUUCUUCUUUUUUGUUCAUAAACGCAAGUAGCGAUGUCAGAUGAUUUACUAGAGAGGACUAUCAUGGAAAUACCAGCGUAUUUAAAAUACGUGCCUGGUACUGAGCCUGAGGAUGUGUAUAUUCCUUAUAUAAGACGUGGUGAAAACGAAGAGGCUAAUCUCUCGCCUGAAGAAGAGGAACGCAUCAUCAAGGAACAAGUCAUUGAGAGCGAGGGUUUCGACAUUGACUUCAAGCAGUUCCGCUGUCUUUUUAAUUACCGACCUCUUAAUUUCGAUGAUAACAAUGAGUACGUCAUGGAACCCGAAACCACCAGAGAGUUAAUGUACCGGCUGUCUCCGGAAUCUCUUGAGAGAUACAAUGAAAGGGAGGUCGGAUACUAA